AUCAAAUAUCAGACACAUCAGAGGCUGGUCAAAUCAUUCCUGACCUGUUGAGGACUGGAGCGGGAUGUCGUCUGCCGUUUUUCUCUUCCUGUUCUCCUUCGUGACUGGCUCUCUCGCAGCCUGUACGCGGGACAACCCGUACACUCGCAUCAACGGCAAGAGAUGCGCCGAUCUGGUGUCUGGCGAGAGGUCUUAUUGUUACGACUCCACGGUUGCUUCGACAUGUUGCAGCUCGUGUAAUCGGGCGAAAUCACUAGCCAAUCCUCGUUGUCCAUACGGCGAUAGAAUUAAGGGUUGCGAGCAACUGGAUCGCGAUGGAUGCAGCAUCCCCUCCAACAAUGAUAACUGCUGCAGAUGGUGUGCCAGUGUGCAGACAUACUGCGAGGACAGGACAGACAUCGUUUUCGACAACAACUACCGGUGUACGGAAUAUGUCCGAAUGAAGGGACGGGCAAAAUGCUACAGUACCCAGGUGAAGAACUACUGCUGCGCCACCUGUCAGACGUGGAAGAUCCAGACCGCGCCUGUCGGGUGCGAGUUCGGCGACAAGAGCCAGUACAAGUUCACGGAUUCGCGCACAGGGCGAAUUUACCAAUGUAGUGACUUGGUUUACGACUCCAGACUCAGAGCAGAUAAAUGCCAGGAUUCCAGGAUCAAGGCGGAUUGCUGUUAUACUUGCCAGUAUCACUAGUAUAGUUCCAUCACUGAUAUCAAGAAUUAAUAAUGACUAGUCUUUAUUAAUUCUUUCUAAACCAACUGACAACUAACGUGAGUUAAUUGUAAUCUAUACUCUCUAGAUACCAAAGUGAUUUAUCUAGGAAUACAGUUGAACUUCACUGAAAACUAAUGAUGUGUUGAUGAGUUCAAUGAAUCCUUCGAUUCCUUUGGUUUUCUUGGCGAACUAACUGACUCGAGUUAAACUUAUCUAGUAGUUCCUAUGAUUGUCGAAAAGCGUUUUAGUGCAAUAAAGGUGUAACAAUGUAA